AUGAAUAAAGAGGAGCUUAAUAUUUUUCCAGUUUUCUGCGUAAGAUGUUACCAAUGUGCGUCGUCUCAGAAUUUACAAGAAGACGUAUGUGGAGCAUAUAAAAAGUUUGAUUCAAAUAGUCACAUAGCAGUUGAAUGUGGCAGUGAUGAAUCGCAUACGCCCGGAUCAUUUUGUAUGAAACUUACUCAGCAAGGACCCAAAGGAUUUAUAUGGGAUGGUCGUUGGCGUCAAGUGAUCAGACGCUGUGCAUCAGUCUCAGAAACAGGAGUGACAGGUGUUUGUAAUUGGGGUGUUUAUGAAAAUGGAGUAUAUUGGGAAGAGUGUUACUGUUCUUCUGAUGAAUGCAAUGUUGCCUCGUCAAUUUACAUUCACGGAGCACUGAUAUUGAGUGCUCUUGUCGCAAUUAUGUAUAGAAAUAGUUUUACGUGAUUUUAACUUAAAAUGUUUUUUGUAUUCAUUACCGAUUUUCCAUUAUGGUUAAGUAAAGAAUAACAUGUAAAUUAUAAUUUUCUUAAAUAUCUAUUUAAGAUACUUUAACUGAACAUUUGAAUUCAACUCAUGUAAGACAAAAAUUCUUGCUGUAUACUGUAUAGUAGUUAGUAUUUUAUUCUAAUCUCGUUUAGUUUAUUAUGAUAAAAAUCAAAAGAGAUUGUGAAAUGUUUUGUGCAAUUAGUAUGGGGUUUUCCAUUAAUUGCACGAUGAUGAUUUUUAGCAACUUUUUGACCCUCCUUAUUAUGUGGUGAAGUUUUACCCUUCCCCCAUACCCAAAUAACAAGUAUAUUUUUUUGUGCAAAGUAAAUUAAUAUUUUUAGAAUAUUAUCUUUAAUUGCAGGAAUAAUCUUAAUAAAUGUUGGAAAAUUAAACAUCGUGAUACAAAU